GAAAGCACAUUGCUGAAGCAUCAUCGGCGCAGUGAAUUACUAAGUUUGCUUUCAGUCCACACAUCGAUUUUGAGCUGACGAUUUAUUUGUUCGUAUUUUUAUUGUGGCAUAUAUUUUUCGGUCUUUCCGAAUUUCGAUGCAUUAUCGAGCAUAUUCUUUGUGCGAUUUUUUUUUCUUCGUUUGUGUGUACGCGCUUGAUUUGACUUACAACUGAUUCAAAAAAAAAAAAACUGUUUUUUUUUUAUUUCUGCGAAAUUCAUGUGCUAUUGUGUCUUUGUCGUUGGUCAUAAAGUGAAUGUAUGUUUUGUGUCUAAUCUGAAAGUGUCAAAAUUAACGGUCAGUGAGUGAAUUUAAAAUAAAAAUGGAUUCCUCGGCACGACGCAGUGGCAUUCCGAUUCCAAAAUCGAAAUCGAUUGGAAUUAAGAAGAAUCUGAGUAAAAGCAAUGACGAUUUACUCUCCGACAGCUUUAAUCCCAGCAAUGAAAGUGGCGAAUUGGAUGUGUUCACAUUACUUGAAGAAAAUAUUGCACUCAAGGAGAAAAUUGAUGAAUUAUCCACCAAACAUAAUACAAUUUUGCAGAAAAAUGUCCAAUUAGAGCGAGAAAAUGGGCGAGUGGGCAAACAAUUUAACGAUUUAAAAGUGCAACAAGCAGCACUUAAGGACCAAUUACAAGGUUUAAUGGAUAAAUUUCAAAAAGAAAUUGAAGAUGGCCAAACCAUUCACAAUAUUCAAGAGCAACAAAAGAAAAUCAUAAACGAUCUUAUGCAGAAGGUUCGCAUUCAAGAAGACAAGCACAUGGAAUUAGUUAAGGCUGGCAAAUUGGCUAGGAAUCGUCUUGAAGAAUUGGCACCCGAAAUUCGAAUGAAAAGUGCAAACGAUGAUGCAACUAAAUGUGAUAUUGUUACAACUGAAACUGUCGAACAAUUAAUCAAUGAAAUUGGAAAAAUUAAAACACAAAUGAACAAUACUGAACUACAGUUGUACGAAGCAAAUGAGAAAAUCGCAGAACUUAUUGAAAGCCACCAUCACAUGAAAGAGGAAAAUGAAAACCUUAAAGUGGAAAAUUCGAAUCUCACCAAAGUUGCCAAGCUCAUGACACGCAGCAUGCAAGAAAGCAUGGAUACAAAUAAGAAGAUGGAAGAGGCGUUAAUCGAAAUGAAGAAGAGAAAUGAUGAAUUGGUGCGUGGAAGCAGCAAAGAUUCCAUUGAUAGUCCGACAUCGACUAAAUUUUAUUCGACAAACGACCAAGUGAUGCAUUUAAAAGAGGAAUUAAAGCGACGAGAGGCUGCGCAUACGGAGCGUAUUGUUGAAAUGAAUAAAUUAAUGGAAACAACAAUCGAAACUAACAAUAAUGACGAAAUCAAUGUGCUACGCAUUAAACUUGAGAUUGUGGAAAAAGAGCUUCAAUUUGCCAUUAGUCGAGCUGAAACAGCCGAAACUGAAGUUGAACAAUUAAAAAAUUUGUACAGAAAUAGUAGUGAAAUAGGAACAUCACAUAAAACAACGGUGAAAUGUUCACACUGUGGCAAUUUAUUUGAUGGCACAAUGCAAUCAUCAAUGAGCACCCCAUCAUCGUCAUCAACAACAUCCACAUCCACACAGGCCAUAACACAAAUUUGUUUACCGCCUCCGCCUCCACCCCCAAUGCCCGAUUUCAAAAUUCCCGUGGCCAGAUAUGGUGCCAGUCUUAAAGACGGCAUCACAACAUUCACACUCAAUAAUCCACGCGAAUCGAGUGACAAUGCUAGCAUUUGUAGCAAUCCGGAUGUGAAAAAAUCGUCAACAGUUUGUUUGACCGCAGGUAUGGACGCUUUAAUUGCUCAGUUACGAGAUGGAGCGGUUACAUUACGAAGGAAUCGCCGAAAAACACCAACCAAUGCAGCGUUGCAGGAAAUGUUUGAAACUUUGGAAUUAUCACGCAAACAAAAUCGCAACUCUAGAAUUGUGAUUGAAAGUCAUAGAACGUAGAAAAUCAUCAUACAUACAAAAACUAACUCUAGAAGCAUCCAAAUAUCAUCGAAACAGUCAAUUACUUACGUUUGAAGGCUUCCAUCUAUAUAAUUCAUCCUAAUUUUUAUUCCAGUGUUUACAAGUCUUUAAAAAAAUCCAUUGCCGUAAUUUUGAAAAUGAAAAACAGUACUUCUUUUAUUUGUACAAACAACAUUUCCUUUUAAGCAAAUUUUUAAUAAAAACAAAAACAGCG